AUGCAAAAUCAUCUCGAAAUAACAGAAAAUAGUAGAAACUCAACCAGUUUGUCAGUCUCGCCUGUGCCAACUGUUUCUUCCAACGUGUCUAAUGAUGGUUCAUCUAACGAAUACAAUGAUUCAUCUACUUCUUCCCAAACAACAGAUGAUCAUAACGUUCAUAGUACCACUAAUGAAGGGUUUAUUAAUUCUGGCACAUUUGAUUACUUCAUCGAAACAAAUAAUCAAUCGGCAUCCUCUGCCGAAGAAAAUGCUGAUUCAGAAAACUUUAACAAUAAUAUGGAUACAAGCCUCUUCGACAAAAGCAAGACAACGUGCGAUAAUUUAGAAUCUAAGAAUUCGGAUGAAUCGUCUGGUCUUUUUAUCAAGAAAAGUUCUGCUUCAAAAAACCUUAGUUUUGAUAAAGAUGAGACAAAUUUUGAUCAUGAAAAAAAUACAAAUUCGUCCACAUCAAAAAUUCCUGAUGCAGAAAGUUUGAUAGCUGUGACCAAUCCCAUUAAAUCAUUCACAUCAGAUGGUCAUAAAAAGAACAAGGAAAAAAUUUCGGAGAUAUUUACAAAACGUGAAAAUUUAUAUGCUAGUUUGAAUAAGGAUAUUAAAAAGGAACAAGAUCUUUUAGAUUAUAUUCCAGGAUUGUAUCUAUUGUUGAGUCUAGAAAAAGAUGAAGGAUCAAAUGGUCUUGUUAACAAAACAAUCAUAUCAAAGGAAUCGUUAGAAAAGCUUUGUAAUGAAUUGGUUCCCAAAAGCUUUAAAUCUGUUUCAAAUAUUAAUUAUUCGAAAUUGAAUAGAGUCUCAUUCAAUCUUGUUGGCUGCUAUGGGAACUAUGAAUUGAUUGCAAGGCUGUUAUUAACCAAAAAAAUUAUUAACCAAAGAGUAUAUGAUCUGCUUGUAUCUUCAAAUAAAUCUGAGAAUCCUUCUCUUCGUUCAGGAAUAUAUUUGUUGAUUGUGAAUGUUAAUUUUGGUUUAGUAAUUCAUUGGCCUGAGCAUGGUUGUUAUGAAGAUAAUGCAUCUGAACAACUUAAAAAAAAUAUGAUUAAUUUCCACAGGUAUCUCACAAAACUGACUGAUUAUCAGAUAUGUUUAAUGAGCAACAGCGAUUUAACCUGUUUUGAAUGGGAAACUAGGAAAGAUGGGAAUGGUUUCUAUGAUAAUGAUAUAGACAAUGAAAAGGAUGAGACAUGUUAUGAAUUUGAAGUCAAAGAAAGUCAAGAAGAAAAAGAGGAUUUCCAGUUGCACAAGGGCUUUAAGGUCCAACUACCAAAUUACAUUCAACCAGACCUUAAGAUCAUUCAUCAUAAUGGAACCUCUAUGCAACCUACUGUUGUUGAAUCUGUGUCGCAUCAAGCAUUCAUCACUCAAAAUAUUAUCAAAUCAUCUUCAGUAAUGAAAAGAUGUUCAGCAAUUUAUUCAAAAAGUCACCAUCCAUUUAAAGAAUAUAUUAAAGGAUAUUCCCUCAAGGUUGAAAAAAAUUCCAUGGACAUGACAUUAUUAAAAAAGUUUAUUGAAUUUUGCCUAGAUGAUGAGAAGGAGCUAUUGACAUCUUAUGAAGAUUCUGUAAAAGCUGAAAAAGAAACAACUAGUAAGAAAAAAGAAAAUAUAAAAGAUGAAAUUGAAAGAGAUGCAGAAAUUAUCACAAACAUGGCAUGGAUGAAAUUAAAAGAAACUUACAGCAAAUUUGAAGAAACUAUUAAAGAUGAUAAUACAGUACACAAAUUUGAAGAAUCAAAAAUCAAUGAAAUCAAUGAGAAAUAUCCUUAUAUAAAUAAAAAAAUAGAGGAAUCUAUUCUAAUAAGAUCAAACCCCUGGAAAUCUUUGAAAGAGAAAUUUCAAUUUUGUUCAUUUAUGACUAUUGAAAUGUUUAUUAAAUGGAAAACAAAUAACACUAAUUCAAAAGACAACCCUGACUCAAAUAAAGUGGAAAGCUGUUUUUCUGAAUUUUUUUGCAAUACAUUUGCUGAUAAAGAAGAAACAGAUCUUACUAAAUUAGUAAAUAAACAUGCAGAAAAAUCUUUAGCAUCUAUUACUACUGGACCAAAUUCUGAAUCUCAUGUCAUUGAACCUCAUGUUAUUGAACCUAAUAUUCGAAAAGCUAAACAAAUAGCAAAGCAUGUACCUGACUCUAAAUUUGUUAAUGAACUUUAUGAUUUUAAAUCAAUUAGUAUUUCUAAUUUUGAAAUAUUUAAUAUUUCACAAGAAAAGAAAAAUGUAAUCAUUGAUUCUUUUCUUGAAAACUUUAAAAAAUGGAGGAAAGGCUUUUCCGAGAAUGUCAAAAAUAUAAUACCAAAAUAUACAAAUGUUAAAACAUAUUAUGAAGAAAAAUUAAGCAAGGAAUUAUCACAAAAAAUUAAAGCAAUAGAAAAACAAGAAUUCACAAGGGUUUGCCUAUUACUUGAAGAAAAAUUCCCAGAUGGACCAAUUUUUAAAAUUAUAGAAGCUGAAGAAACAACAUAUUAUAGGGAUUUAAAACUUACUUAUGAAAUUGAAUCAUUAAAACCUGAUCAACUAAAGAUUACAUUAUAUGAAACAGGCCUAGAUGGAUCUGAAAAAUUAAAUCUUCAAGGAAAUGAGUUAUAUGUUCCAAAACCUCAUCUUGACAGCAAUAAGAAUUCACAUGCUUCCUUCAAAAUAGAUCCAGAAAUAUAUGAACUCAGAAAAAUAUCCCAGUUUGAAAAUGGAAAGCUCCUAAUAAUACUUCGGAAUAAAAAAUCAAAUCAAAUAGAAAUUUUUUUCGAAAAUUCUAAUCAUUUAAAAUCAACUUUUCAAUUAUCAAAUUUAAAACCAUUAAAAACUUUAAAUCCUGAUGGUGAUUGUCUUUUUGCUAUAAAUGAGCCCAAAGGCUUAAUUGGGAUUUAUGUUGCUGAAAGAGGAGUGCUAAAUGUUUAUGCAUUUGAUGAAAAUCAAGCCAGUCUUUAUAGUCGCAACCCCAAUAUUCAAAUUCUACAAUAUUAUAAUAAUUCAGCACCAGUUAUUAAAUAUUUUUUCUUUAUAAAAACUACUGAAGAAUUAUGUUUUGUGGAAACAAAUGGUAGAGCAAAAAUUUAUAAUCUUAUAACUGGUCAAUUUCGUCCUGCAACAUUACCAGAUUCUACAAAUAUUUCAAGCACACCUGAUGGUUCUUGUAUUGUAGUAUUUGUGAAAGAAAAAUCAACAACAUCAUCUAGUAAUGACGAAAAUGGCACAGAUGUUGACAGUGAUAAUGAAUGCCCAGAAGAGCAAAAACAUUCAAAGAAUAAAGAUUUAACUCCAAAUGAUGUAUUUAAAGCCUAUGUUUAUUUUUGUUCAAAUAUGGGAAACACUGCUAAUAAGGUUGUUGAACUACCUUCAAAUAUGGAUUCAUUAGAAUUCUUUCAAUUUUCAACUAUAAAUGAUCGUCAAAUGCACCUUACAACAAUUGAUGUAGAAAAUAAUUUAUUUCAUUCAUUAAUUACAAAAAUUACCCUUCAAAAAACCCAGUACCAAUUUCAACAACGUAAUCAAAAAAAACCAAUUGGUCAAAUUAGAUUGCUAAAAAUUACCUCUGAUAAUGAUAAAAAUAAAUUUUCAAUCUUAAAAACCAAUUUUAAUCAUAACAUAAAGGAGGGAGAGUACAUUGUCAUUAAAGGACAAAAAUUAAGUGUUGUUGAUGUAAUUUCAGAUACCAAAUUGAAAGUUGCAGGUGUAUAUCAUACCUUAUCACUUGACAAUGAUGAUGCAUGGGUGGACUUUCAAACUGUGCCAAAGACAAAACUUAAUGGUUUUAUUGAUGCAUAUAAAUUAAUGUUUGAAAAGUAUCCAAUUGAAAGUUGCAUAGAUUCUGAGCAAAACAGGCCACUUAAUUUGAAAAUAUUUGAAAAAUAUGUUAUUAGUAUGUUCAAUGAGUUAAAGAAGAAAACAAAAAAACCUGCAUCUAUUUUAAAGCAUUUUAAAACCACCAUUACAACAUUUUCAGAUCUAGACAUUGAAGAAAAUAAUUUUAUAUCAAAACAUUCAAUUAAAUAUCAACUAGGAGAAUGGAUAAUUCAACUUUCAUCAUCAAAUGAUUAUGAGGUAGAUUUUGAUGUUGAACAUGGGCAUCGUUUUGGUGGCAUUGCAGAAAAUAUUUCACUUGGAUGGUAUGAAGGUAUAUUUAAACAUUUUGGUGAUCGUCAAGUCAAAGUUGUUUCAAGUAUGGGUGAACAAUCAUGUGGGAAAUCAUAUAUGUUGAACCACCUUGUUGGAACAACAUUUGAUGGUUCUGCAAUGAGAUGCACUGAAGGAGUGUGGAUGUCAUUAUUUAUAACAAAAAAAUAUAUUUAUGUUGCACUUGAUUUUGAAGGAUUAAAGUCUUUGGAAAGAACACCACAAGAAGAUUUAUUUUUAACUUUGUUUAACACUAUGGUUUCUAACAUGAUACUUUUUAAAAAUCAAUUUGCUGUUAGUAGAGACAUGUCAGGAAUGUUUCAAAGAUUUCAAGAUGAUGUUCAUGAAAAUGAUCGAAAAGGAAUUGUUGAUGAGUUUCGUUUCAAAUUUGAUGACUUAGUUAGAGAUCAAGGAGAAGAUAAUUUUAUUACCAGAAUGUAUAAAAGUGGAUUAACUAUUUUACCAUGGCCAUUAUUUAAUGAUCCUGCUUGGUUCAAAAACUUUGAAAACUGUCAAAAAAACAUUGGAUAUUCAAAAAGCAAAAUAUGA